AAGUUGUCUCUUUUGCGUUUUUCUCCGUCGUCUCCUUCAUCCUCUUGUCCCUCGUUCCUCCUCACACACAUGAUGGAGUCGCCCGAGAUCGCGCGUAUCGGCCGCGAAUUCGCCGCCAUGGUCCGAAUCCAAGGCCCCGAUCCCAAGAGCCUAAAGAUGCGGCGCCGCGCCUUCCACCUCCACCAGUCUGGGAUCACGACGCUUUCGGCUUCUGGGAUUUUGCUCCCGGCCGCUGUCUUCAAUGGCGUUCGUGGCGUUCACGGGCAUGCGGCGGAUGUAGUGGUGACGGCGGCCUCCCUCGUGGAGCCCUUCUUGGUUGCGGAGCAGCGGAACAACCCUAACCAGGAAUUUUCCCCCAAAUUGAUUCCUAAUGCUUGUAUUGAUGUUCUUCUAGAAGGUGAGGAGGCGAAUAGCAGCAAUGAAUCCAAUGCAAAUCCAUAUUGGCUUCCAUCUCAACUGUUGGCCUUGGUUGAUGUCCCUGCAUCUUCUGUUGCUCUUUCGUCAAUGGUAGGAGCACACAGUGGUUUACUUGAUGAUACGUCGUGGCAAGUGGGCUGGUCGUUUAACCACUUUAACAUCACCUCUCAUUCUUCAGUUAAUGAUAUUAGGAAACAGGUUGGAACUUAUAAUAGACCUUCACUUGAGUCUUAUAAGAAUUAUGUAUCUGAUGAGACAAGUCAUCCAUCACUUAUGGUCAAGUCCGUUACCAGACUUGCUAUUCUUGGAAUUUCAACUACAAAACGGAAGAAUGCGCUACAUAUUGACGUAUCACAAUGUCCACAGAGAGGAGAUCUUCUUCUAGUGAUAGGUUCACCAUUUGGUAUCCUAUCACCACUACAUUUCCUUAACAGCAUAUCUGUAGGUGCUGUGGGAAACAGCUGCCCUUCAAAUUCUCAUCAGAGCUCACUGCUGAUGGCUGAUAUCCGUUGCCUUCCUGGUAUGGAAGGAGGUCCUGUUUUUGAUAGACAUGCUUCUCUUGUGGGCAUGCUAACAAGUCCAUUGAGACAGAAAGGUAGCAAUGCAGAAAUUCAGCUUGUGAUCACAUGGGAUGCGAUUGCAUCUUCAUGGCAACUAAAGAAGGAAAAUCAAGGAGCCAGGGAAGAACUUGGUGAGCUAAAUAUUGAAAAUGGAAGGACCGAAUUAUUACCUCACUGUGAAACCGACAAGAGGUCUGUGUUCCAUGCACCAAAAGAUCGUGAUUUUCACUGUCUAUCACCUUCUUCAUGGAAAAUGGCUAUCUCUUCAGUUGCUCUUAUCACAGUGGGUGAUGGGGCUUGGGCUUCGGGGAUUGUUCUCAAUAACCGUGGUCUGGUUCUCACUAAUGCUCACCUUUUGGAACCUUGGAGAUUUGGAAGAAAUUCACUUGGUCCAACAAAUAAAUCUCAUAAUGUGAGUUCACAUGGAGAGGAACAUUCUUCUAAAGAUGGUUUCGAAUUUAUGGUUCCAUCUAUAAUGGAAGGUUCAAUUCCUUUUGGGGAUAGUAAGCAUCAGUCAUCAUUACAAAAUUCAGGUUACAAAAGCUAUGGGAAAAUUUUAGUUCGUUUAGAUUAUACAGAGAGCCAUGUAUGGUCCGAUGCUGGUGUGGUUUAUGUCUCCAAGGGACCACUUGAUGUCGCAUUGCUGCAAUUAGAAACUUUGCCGAGUCAACUGUUUGCCAUUAAACCCAAGUUUGCGUGCCCAUCUGCAGCUGAACCUGUGCAUGUUAUUGGGCACGGCCUUCUCGGGCCUCGACCAGGCUUUGGCUCAUCCAUCUCUCGUGGAGUUGUGUCAAAUGUUGUUAGGAUAUUGAGACCCCUCCACACUGAUAAAUUUAGCACAAGCUAUGGUGGGAAUAAAAAUAUACCAGUAAUGCUGCAAACAACGGCAGCUGUUCAUCCAGGAGCAAGUGGUGGUGCUGUUGUCAAUUCAGAGGGCCUUAUGGUCGGACUGGUUACAAGCAAUGCUAGGCAUGGUGGUGGUAGCACCAUACCGCAUAUGAACUUCAGCAUUCCUUGUGCGGCUUUGGAACCUGUCUUCAGAUUCUCAGAGGAAGGGGAUAUGUCGUUGCUGCGAGCUUUGGACAAACCUGAUGAACUCCUUACCUCAGUGUGGGCACUAGCUUCAUCACCAUCUCCAUCACCAAAAUCUCUGCUAGAAAAGAAUAAGAGAGAAGGAAAAGGCUCGCGUUUCUCAAAGUUCCUUUCUGAGCAGAAUUCAGAGAACCUCGAAAAGCUCAUUCAAGGGAAGAUCAAUAGCAAAAUUUGAUUGGAAAAUAUAAAGAUAUUUAAAGAAAAAGAAGAAGAAAAGUGAAGAAUAACGAGGUAGAUGAAUUGAUGAUGAUAUAGUUUGCAGAUUGAAUAAAUAUUGAAACAUUUAAACUGGAUAAAUUAUCUCACCUAGCUUAGGUGAGCGUAGUCUCAAUGUUGUAAUACAUGAUUUGGUGUAUUCGAAUUGAUUCAGUGUAAGAAGCAUAUGGUUGGAUACGAUGUAUAUGAUCUGUAACAGUAGAUUGUUUCUCUGACAA